AUGGAUACCACAUCCGAUACCCCCCAGGGGAUGACCAGCAGUGCCGAUCGCAUGGUUGGCAUGGAGCACUCUGAAGUCCGCUACUUCACUAGGUAUCCACGAGGAGAUGCUCAUGAUGUGCGCACACGCUCUUACCGUGAUUCGAUCUACCAGAACCGCCACAUCUUCAAGGACAAGGUUGUCCUCGAUGUCGGCUGUGGAACUGGUAUUCUGAGCAUGUUCGCUGCCCGUGCUGGUGCCAAGCACGUCAUUGGUGUCGAUAUGUCCUCGAUCAUCGAGAAGGCCCGUCAGAUCGUGCACGUCAACGGACUGUCCGAUAAGAUCACUCUUCUCCAGGGAAAGAUGGAGGAGGUUAACCUCCCCUUCCCCAAGGUUGAUAUCAUCAUCUCCGAGUGGAUGGGUUACUUCCUUCUCUACGAGUCCAUGCUGGAUACCGUUCUCUACGCCCGUGACACCUACCUCAACCCCGGUGGUCUGAUCUUCCCUGAUAAGGCUACCAUGUACGUUGCUGGUAUUGAAGAUGGCGAUUACAAGGAUGACAAGAUUGGAUUCUGGGACAACGUCUACGGAUUUGAUUACAGCCCCAUGAAGGAGAUUGCUCUCAACGAGCCCCUCGUCGAUACCGUCGAGAUGAAGGCUCUUGUGACUGAUCCCUGCCCGAUCAUCACCUUUGACCUCAACACCGUGACCACAGCCGACCUCGCCUUCAAGGUGCCUUACUCCCUCACCGCCAAGCGUCCCGAUUUCAUCCACGCCAUGAUUGCUUGGUUCGAUAUUGAGUUCAGCGCUUGCCACAAGCCCAUCCACUUCUCCACCGGCCCUCACGCCAAGUACACCCACUGGAAGCAGACCGUAUUCUACUUGCGCGAUGUCCUCACAGUUGAGGAGGACGAGAAGGUUACCGGCUGGAUCGAAAACCGUCCCAACGAUAAGAACAAGCGUGACUUGGAUAUCAGCAUCUCGUACAAGUUUGAAACUGCUGAUCCCACCCGCGCUGCUGAGGGUGGUUGCUUCUACCGCAUGUGA